AUCGUGGUGUGUAUGAAUACGCGCAUGAGCAUACAUACAUAUAAAUUAGAUAUAGUCAACGUCAGCACAGUAUAUCCAAGUAAAUCCAGACCAGACUAUCCAGACACUGGAGUAGAGUGAUUGGAACGUAGGAUAGGCCUAUACUUAAUAAUUAAUAUAAAAUGGCACAAAGCACAAAGCUCAUUACAUUUUCGUCUGUGUGUAACUUAUUGAAAAAUAAUUAUAAUGUUACUGCACAUACAAUCAGAUUAUCUAGUUCAUGGUGGUCUGGUGUAGAAAUGGGCCCGCCUGAUGCAAUUUUAGGCAUUACAGAAGCAUAUAAAAAAGAUGGAAAUCCUAAAAAAGUUAACUUGGGAGUUGGUGCUUAUAGGGAUGACAAUGGUAAACCAUUUGUGUUACAAAGUAUCCGAAAGGCAGAAAAUAUUAUUAAACAAAAGGACAUGGACAAGGAAUAUUCAGCAAUAUCUGGGAAUGCUGAAUUUUGUAAAAAUAGCAUUAAUUUGGCACUCGGUGAAGGUCAUGAUGCAAUAAAAAACGGUUUGAAUGCUACCGUUCAAGGAAUUUCUGGCACAGGCUCACUUUUUGUUGGAGCAAAUUUCCUUUCGCGUUUCUUCCCUGGAUCUAAAGAUAUAUAUGUACCAGUACCUACAUGGGGCAAUCAUGGUCCAGUAUUUAAGCUUGCUAAUCUUUCAGUGAAGACGUAUCGUUAUUUUGACCCGAACACGUGUGGAUUAGAUUUUAAGGGCGUUUUAGAGGAUAUAAAUAAAAUUCCAGAAAAAUCUAUUGUUCUCUUCCAUGCGUGUGCACACAACCCUACUGGUGUUGAUCCAAAACCCGAACAAUGGAAAGAAUUAUCAGCGCUGGUAAAACGAAGAAAUCUUUUCCCUUUCUUUGAUAUGGCAUACCAAGGUUUUGCUUCAGGAUCUAUAGAAAAAGAUUCAAUGGCAGUUACAUUAUUCCUAGCAGAUGGAAAUAAAAUUGCUUUAGCUCAAUCUUAUGCUAAAAACAUGGGUCUUUAUGGUGAACGUGUCGGAGCAUUUACAUUGGUUGGUUCCAGCAAAGAAGAGGCGGACAGAAUUCUUUCACAAUUAAAGAUUUUAAUUAGGCCAAUGUAUUCUAAUCCACCAAUUAACGGUGCUAGAAUUGUUAAUGAAGUUUUAGGCAAUUCGGAAUUAAAGCAGCACUGGCUUAGCGAGGUGAAAGGAAUGGCUGAUCGUAUUAUUUCUGUUCGUCAAAAGUUAAACGACAAUCUUACGAAGCUUGGUAGUUCUCUAAACUGGUCACACAUUACCGAUCAAAUUGGAAUGUUUUGCUAUACUGGUCUUAAACCUAAUCAGGUUGAAAAACUGACCAAAGACUACAGCAUUUACUUAACAAAAGAUGGUAGGAUAUCCAUGGCUGGCGUAACAACAAAAAAUGUGGAAUACCUUGCUAAUGCUAUGCAUGAGGUCACAAAAUAGUUUAAUAUUUUUAUACCAUUAAUUAAAGGAUAAAAUCACAUUUUGCCUUGUUAUAUUUAAAUAUACAAUUCAUAAAAAGUGAUACAGCAUACAAUUAUAAGUAUUAAAUUAAAUGCAUUUAACCUUGCAUGCUAUUUUUAUAACAUCACUGCAGGCAGUGUAGAUCCCAUCUCAAAAUUGUAGAUACAAUAUCAAAUUAUUAAUGUAACUCGAUACAUUCGUGUCAAUAACUUUACUAUGUAUUCUGUUACAAAAUAUAAGAAACGACAUUUUGUUA